AGGCGGGGGGUUGCGCUGGUGACCGGAGGACGCGGCGGCCGAGGACGCGGCGGCGGCGGCCGUGGUGGCUGCGGCGGCGGCGGCGGCGAGAGAGCCGCGGAGCUCGGGCGCGGUGCGGGCCGGGAUGAGGGGUCGUAGCGACGCGGCCCGCGCACAGCCAGCUGGGAGGCACCUUCCUAACUGACAUUGGAAAGGUGUUCUGAUGACCCACUGACAUCUGUCCAUCUGGGUACUCAGGAGAGGCCUGCGAUGUCCCAGAUACAGGAUUACGAAUGUGAGAACCGUAAUGCCAGCGUGCAGGAGCCCCGGGUCUCAGGACCCAGCACCAGGCUAGAAUGGGUGGAGAUCAUUGAGCCACGCACCCGAGAGCGCAUGUAUGCCAACCUGGUCACAGGUGAGUGUGUGUGGGACCCACCUGCUGGCGUCCGAAUUAAACGCACCAGUGAAAACCAGUGGUGGGAACUUUUCGACCCCAACACAUCCCGCUUCUACUACUACAAUGCCACUACCCAGCGCACUGUGUGGCACCGGCCUCAGGACUGUGACAUCAUCCCCCUGGCCAAGCUGCAGACCCUGAAGCAGAACACCGAGUCCCCACGUGCCUCGGCCGAGAACAGCCCUGGACGGGGCAGCAACAUCAGCCGUGAUGGCAGCACCAGCUCCUCCUUGGAUCCUGAGCUGGAUGCCAGUGAAAAGGCACAGGAGUCACUGGGGAGGGUGAGCCGGCAGGCUGCUUUUGGGACUGUGAAGGAGGAGACUGGCAGGGCUAUAUUUGAGAUGUCCACGUGGUGCCCAGGAUCGAAAUCUAGAGCUUCAUCUACAGCAAGUUCUUCACCCCCAGGUGCAUAUCUUGAUAAGGACUAUGAAGUUUACCGGGAUUACACUGCAGAUGGUCAGCUUCUUCACUACAGGACCUCCUCACUCAGGUGGAACUCAGGCACCAAGGAACGCAUGCUCAUCAAAGUUGCUGACCGGGAGCCCAGCUUCUUCUCUCCCCAGGGCAAUGGUUACCCCUUGGACAGCCAUUCUGGGGGCCGCUCCCGGAAGCCCUCUGGUGGCCAGCACUCACCCAGCCUGCAGACCUUCGCCUCUGAUGCAGAAGGGCCUGUCUUCUUCCCUGAGAGGCGUCCUUCACCCUUCCUGAAGAGGGCCGAGCUGGGGAGCUGCUCCCCACUGAUGGCCCAGCCCCGAAAACCCUCCAGCGACUCACAGCCCUCUUCCCCUCGCUAUGCCUAUGAGCCACCCCUCUAUGAGGAGCCCCCAGUAGAGUACCAGGCCCCCAUCUAUGAUGAGCCCCCAAUGGAUGUGCAGUAUGAGGCCAGCUCUCCCCAGCGCUCCCCGGGCCGUAAGCCACCCACCUUCCCACAGUCACCCAAGCCUGUUUCCCCGUCACCUUACCAGCAGCUGGUACUCACCCGGCAGAAGUGCCCAGAGCGUUUCCUGAGCCUGGAGUACAGCCCUGCAGGCAAGGAGUAUGUGCGCCAGCUGGUGUACGUGGAGCAGGCUGGUUCCAGCCCCAAGCUUCGUGCUGGGCCAAGGCACAAAUAUGUACCUAACCCCUGUGGUGGCUCCCUGUCUCUGCAGUCCAGCCCCUGCCUCUUGAGGGACCAGCGCCUGGGGGUUACAUCUGGGGACUACAGCAGCAUGGAGGGGCCUGAUCUGCGGCCUGCACCUCCUCCUAUGUCCCUGACCCAGGCCCAGGAUGAUGCGAUGUCCUGGUCCAGUCAGCAGGACACUAUGUCCUCGACAGGAUAUUCCCCAGGAACACGAAAGAGAAAAAGCCGGAACCCUUCUCUGUGCCAUGCGCCCAGCACCUCAUCCACUGACCCAGGGGAUCAUGACCUAACCUGUGAGCAACCCUUCGUUGAGGAACGCUCGCCCUGUGGGCCCAGUAUGGGUCCUGUGAAGCGUGCUGAGAGCAAGCCUAGUGAGGGGGAUGGGGCUCGGAAUGCAGCCGAGCCCUUCCUGGCACAGGCACGACUGGCCUGGGAGGCCCAGCAAGUUCACUUCCACAUGAAGCAGCGGGGCAGCUGGGACUCCCAGCAGGAUGGCUCUGGAUAUGAGAGCGAUGGUGCUGUGCCACUGCCCAUGCCUGGGCCUGUGGUGCGAGCCUUCAGUGAGGAUGAAGCACUGGCCCAACAGGAAAGCAAGCACUGGCAGCGGGGUGCCCUGGAGAGGCUGGCCUUUCCCCAGAUCCUGCUUGAGAAAAGUGUCUCCGUGCAGACCAACCUGGCCUCCCCUGAGCCUUACCUCCACCCUUCACAGUCUGAGGACCUCGGUACCUGCGCCCAGUUUGAGAACAGCCGGCAGACCCGCAGUGUGAUGCCCAGUGCCAGCUGUGUGUUCCCUACCUUUACGCUGCGCAAGCCAUCCUCAGAGACCGACAUUGAAAACUGGGCUUCCAAACACUUCAACAAGCACACACAGGGCCUCUUCCGGCGGAAGGUAUCCAUCGCCAACAUGCUGGCCUGGAGCAGUGAGUCCAUCAAGAAGCCCAUGAUCGUCACCAGCGACCGCCACGUGAAAAAGGAGGCCUGUGAGAUCUUCAAGCUGAUCCAGAUGUAUAUGGGUGACCGACGAGCCAAGGCUGACCCACUACAUGUUGCGCUGGAGAUCGCCACCAAGGGGUGGAGUGUUCAAGGCCUGCGAGACGAGCUCUACAUCCAGCUGUGCCGCCAGACCACUGAGAACUUCCGCCUGGAGAGCCUGGCUCGAGGCUGGGAGCUCAUGGCCAUCUGUCUGGCCUUCUUCCCACCCACGCCCAAGUUCCACUCAUACCUGGAGGGCUACAUUUACCGGCACAUGGACCCCGUCAAUGACACCAAAGUGACACAGCACAUGAGAGCGCUCCUGGAAAGGAACAUUAAGAAGAAGUCCAAGUUGAGAAAGAAACCCAAGCCUUAUGUUGAGGAGCCGGAUGGGGUGGCAAUAAGCACCUAUGCCAAGUACUGUUACCACAAGCUGCAGAAGGCAGCCCUAACUGGCGCCAAAAAGGGGUUGAAAAAGCCCAACGUGGAGGAGAUCCGCCACGCCAAGAAUGCCGUCUUCAGCCCCUCCAUGUUUGGCAGUGCACUGCAGGAGGUCAUGAGCAUGCAGAAGGAGCGGUACCCAGACCGGCAGCUGCCUUGGGUGCAGACACGGCUGUCAGAGGAGGUGCUAGCGCUCAACGGUGACCAGACAGAAGGCAUCUUCAGAGUCCCUGGGGACAUUGAUGAGGUGAAUGCCCUGAAGCUACAGGUGGACCAGUGGAAGGUGCCCACAGGCCUGGAGGACCCACAUGUCCCUGCAUCGCUGUUGAAGCUGUGGUACCGGGAACUGGAGGAGCCCCUGAUCCCUCAUGAGUUCUACGAGCAGUGCAUUGCACACUACGAGAGCCCCGAGGCUGCAGUGGCUGUGGUGCACGCCCUGCCCCGCAUCAACCGCCUAGUGCUGUGCUACCUCAUCCGCUUCCUCCAGGUAUUCGUGCAGCCUGCCAAUGUGGCCAUUACCAAGAUGGACGUCAGCAACCUGGCCAUGGUGAUGGCGCCCAACUGCCUACGCUGCCGAUCUGAUGACCCUCGCAUCAUCUUCGAGAAUACCCGUAAAGAGAUGUCUUUCUUGCGUGUACUCAUCCAGCACCUGGACACCAGCUUCAUGGAGGGCGUGCUAUAGCAAGUGGUCACCACAGGCCCGCCAGACAAGGGAACAUGAGGGAGGGGGGAGGGAUGCCAGCUGCGGAGGUAGCAUGACAGGCCCCGCCACACCUCAAGCCCUGGACCCUGUCUCCCCAACCCUGGUCCUCAUCUUAGGGGCUCAUUCAGGUUAGAGGGGCUAUGGAAAGAGCGCCUUUGAACUCCCCCUCCCCCCACCUCAUGGCCAGUUCCCUUAGGCACCACCUCACACAACGCCGGCCACGGGUCAGCCCGAGAAAGUGCCUUCUGUUUCCUGGAGCCGAGCGACACUGCCCUCCCUGGCCGGCCAAGAGCACAUGCCCUCACGCCCUCCCUGGGUGAGCUGUGGCUUCCUGGUCUGACCUGAACUUGGGCCUGGCCCAGCCCAUCUCCCCUCCCCUUGCCUUCCCUCUGGGGCUACUGGCCAGCAAUCUCCAUACUCACCCACCUGCAGUGAGUUAGGGGACUCCAGGGCCCAGCAGGUUCUCUGGGUGGGGAGGAGUCCCCAAGCCAAAGUCCUGUGGGCUGGGAGUAGGGUUGGGCAGACAUUCUUGGGGCAGGGUGGGAAAGGGGCGAGAGUAUUUUUUCUUCAUGUAACUAUAAAUUCAGCAUCUAUACUGCACCCCAAUCCGCUUGUGUAUAGAGAUAUAAAUAGAGCGACAGAUAUAAGAACUAAAUUUGCUAAUGACAUAGUUUUAACCCAAAUGCUAUUUAUCUCUGAGCCGUCCUCACCAGUCCUCUGCAGAGCAAGUUGCUAUCAUUCCUUCAUUUUCUUCAAUCUUGGUUUCUGACCAAAAAACAAACCCACCCUCAAGUUCCAGGACCUGUCCUAGAUAAGAGGAGCCCCAAAGUUGAGGUUCCAGGGGUGUCCUGGACUGCCUUUCCUAGAGGCUAGAACAGGGAGGGAGGGGAGACCUAGAUUCUCAGUUUGUACAUUUUCCAUUUUGGAAUUUUCAGUUCCAAUUGUUGUAAAACUUAAUUUCCCCCCCCCCAGUUUUAUAUAUAUAUAUAUAUAUAUAUUUUUAGAGUUGAGUUUUUAUUUAUUA